GGCUGGAAAGAUCAAGAACAACUUCAAGUAGCUUUAAGGAAUAUCAGAGAAACUGUGGGCUACCUACAUCAGAAACUGGAUACUUUACCUGCAGAUCAUCCUGUAAAAUAACUCAAUGUACUGAAUAGACCUUCUUGGAGCUACUGUACCCGAGAAGUUCAAAGGAGGCAUCAAGGAGAGCCUUGCUGAGGUGAAGAGAAGAUGAGCGAGAGGCCUAGCAAGUCAGGUAUGAGGUGGCAAACCAGCCAACAAACUACAAACCAACCGCUUUCAAUGUAAACAUACAGCACCAUGUUGCCGACCUGGCACAAGAGGACCUGGGCCACAACAAGGGACACACAUCUGCUCUUACUCCUCUUUGUCAUCUUCAACCACCAGGUAACAGGCUCAGUGCUCGAAAGUCUGAUCGCUAAACGGACCGAAUAUUUGGACACCUGCAACAGUACUCUGGCAAAAAGUGCUCUCUCAAAAACUGGAAUCUACUGCAAUGGAACAUUUGACAUGUUCGUGUGCUGGCCCCAUUCAUCUCCUGGGAACGUGUCGGUCCCCUGUCCUUCUUACUUACCGUGGAUCAGCGAGGAUGGCUCCAGGAGGGUGCAUAGAGAAUGUUUGGAAAAUGGGACAUGGCGACAGAAGGAGAACUCGUCAGAGCCCUGGAGGGAUGAUUCUGAGUGUCAGGAACACCAUUACUUUAAAGCUGAGGAAGAUAAAAUACCUCGCCAGACAGCCCUCAGGCUCAUCUCUGUCAUUGGCUAUUCCGUCUCCCUGUUCUCCCUCACGCUGGCCACUCUCCUGAUGGGCAUGUUGAGGAAGCUCCACUGUACCCGGAACUACAUUCACAUGAAUCUAUUUGUGUCAUUUAUCCUGAGAGCCCUGGCUAUCAUCUCUAAGGAAAUUAUGUUACACAUCAUGUAUUCUAACCUGCCCAAAGACGAUCUUGGAUGGAACUCCUACUCGAGCUCUACGACAAUGGUCUUGUGCAAAUUCUGCAAAGUGGCCAUGGAGUACUUUGUGGCCUGUAACUACUUCUGGCUCUUGGUGGAGGCUGUUUUUCUCCACACGCUGCUCUUCACCGCUGUGCUGACCAAACGAUGUCUGCUGAAGAAGUACAUGCUGUUAGGAUGGGGAACACCUGUCUUGUUCGUGACACCCUGGACAGUAGUUAAGAUUUUAUAUGAAAACACAGGAUGCUGGUCAAUUGUGAACAGAGGUUUCUGGUGGAUCCUAAGGGGCCCCAUUACUUUAUCAGUGCUGGUCAUUUUCUUUAUAUUCAUCAAGAUUCUGAUGCUACUGCUGUCCAAGCUGAAAGCGGAUCAGGUGAAAUUUACCGACUACAGAUACAGCUUGGCCAGAGCAACACUGGUACUGAUUCCUCUGCUGGGAAUCCAUGAAGUGGUCUUCACCGUGCUGAUAGAUGAGUGCAUGGAGGGCGACAGUCGUUAUGCCAGGAACUUCAUCAACCUCACCCUCAGCUCUUUCCAGGGCUUCUUGGUUGCUGUGCUGUACUGUUUUGCUAAUGGAGAGGUCCAAGCUGAACUGAAGAAGCGCUGGCAGCUUUUCCUGUUCACCAACCACUUCCAGGUCAGGAGCUGUUUCCGGGGAGCUCCCCUCAAGCACUUGUUUAAGUGCACUCGAGGGCACCGCCAACAGUGUUCUCGGCAGAGCGAGUCCUACGACGAGGGAGGCACCUCUGUGAUACACCCACACUUGCUACAGGUGGCUGUACAAGGUGGAGGUGGAGCAAAUAGACUGGGAGAGGUUAAAGGUCAUGGGAUGAGGGGCUGUGACGCAACAGGGCUUGACUUUCUCACUAGGAAGAGCCUGUCCAGUAGUGAUGGGGAGAUAACACUCGGGGAGACCAUGGAGGAGAUUCUGGAGGAAAGCGAGUUUUGAUCCCUCUUUAGUGGAAGAGUUUUUUUACACCCUCAACAGAGGAGGGUUAACUUAAACUUCAAACAGUACAUCAUGCAACACAGCUACUGAGCCAUUUUGGACUCUCCAGCUCGAAGUGUUCUCACACACAUGAGCACCAUCAGGACCGUGUGAUAUUGGUCAGUGGUGCAAAUUCAUGUGUCUAAGUUCACGAACUAGGCGCAAAAGAUAGGUGUGGGUUUACUUUCACCCCUGAUCCUGUGAUUCCUCUGAAAUGAACUGAUUUCACCACAAAAUCGACUGUUUUAAAUGCUGGUAUGAGCAGGACUGAAGGCCCAGCACAAGACACUGAAGCUGCCAUGUGUAGUCCACUGUGUUUGCUGUACCUAAAGUUCCAAUGACAUGGUAUCAUUACUUUAAGAUAAUGUAUUUCCUGCUUCAUUACGACAGCAAGGAAUUGAUUGUAGGCAUUAACCAACGGGUUGUUAGUUACUGAGAGAAAAUCAAUUUGAUUUGACAGAAUGGAGUAGAUGACUUUAUUAAUUGGACCUUUUGGGUACACCAACUCGUAGCAUGA